AUGGCAGACACGUCCAUGAGGGAUUUGCUGACCGAUGGUCUGCCUGUCUAUCUGUCGACUCAGUUGCCGACUGUCGAGCCUGGUCAGAACCCGUUUGAAGUAUAUCUCACGUCCUUUAAUGAGUUGCUCUAUCCACCCCCGACUCGCGGCUUCACGGCAAGGACAUGGGCGCUGGUCGCCCUGGCCGGAUUACAGAUCGUCAUCACAAUCAUUUACAUGUCUGUAGUGGCUUCGGCGGGCAAAGUGCACUUCCUUCGCCGAGUCAAACGUCCAGAGGGCACCCACUUCAUCGUUCAUCCGCUAUGGGGCUCGUUCUUUGAGAUUGCCGCGGGCGGUAUGGUCAUCUUCGCGGCCAUCCGUUACUACAAUGCGUACGUCUUGAGAGGAAAUCUCAACGGUAUUGUCGCGCUGCAUGCUACGACCUGGAUUCCGCUCUGGCUGGCCUAUUGGACACAUGUCAUUGCCAACACACAAGCGCUGGCGCUCAUGUCAAACAAGACGAUCGUCAGACCGCAUCUGCUGAAUUGGCUUGCGUAUGGCGUGCCAGUAGCCAUAUUUGCGCCCUUAAUUACGCUCUCUUGCAUGGCCGAGCACCGCUGGCAAGUCUCCCUCUCUAUGCAAUUUGCUAUCAGGGCGCAACUCGAACAAGGCAAUACUGCCUAUCAGGCGAACCCUCAGACAGCCAUUGCAAAUCUCCUGCCUAUCUUGUCGGAUUACAAAGCCUUGCUAAGCUAUAUCAAGUACAAUGUCGUCCUUGUUCGCGCAAUCUCUGCAAUCUUCAUCUUUCAACUCGGUCUGGCGCUCAUAAUGAACUAUGCCAAUUUCAGCCUGCUCAAACACGUGUCCGAGACUCUCGUCUACAACCGAAGUGGGAGAUCGCAGAACAUAGCGCUCCUGACAGGUGACGAGACGAUUCCGAACGAAAAAUCUCAGGCAGGAACACAGCUAGGGACGCAAUCUAUGGGGCCCGCGCAAGGGGCGACAAGCACACUGCGCCAGGGUGCGGCAGAGUAUACUGCCCACAUCCACCGCUUGGCCGGGCUCAAAUCGGUCAUCAUCGUCGUGCUAGGCGUUGGCGGCAUCGUUUGCACACUCGGUAUCGCCGUUGCCAUCAUCACUGCCAUCAAACCACUUGACGUGCUCACCACUUUCUGGCUGGAUGAGUUCUGUGGAACCGCGAUCUCAUGGGCUUACAUCUUGCUCAUCAUUCCAGCCAAAAUCGCACAGAUCGUGCAGCACUUUAUGCAAAUCAAAGAGGCAAAGAUGAUGACACAACAGCAGAUCAACUCUGACGAUUUCGAAAAGGGCCAGCUGUCUGGUGGCACUGCCGUCAAUUCUGCGGACUCGCUAGGGCUCAAGCUCGAGAUGCCUGAUCAGAGCAGUAAGUCAGGCGACGCGAAGCGCCUUUCCGACCUAUGGCAGCCACUUGCCGACUCUGACAUCAAAGUGGACGAGACCGUAGUGACACGAGUAGCGGAGUAG